UGCUGCUGCAACAACCGGUUGCAGUGCGGCGUCGCGACGCCCGCUCCAGCUGAAACGUGCAGCAUCCGGGGAUGACGAAGACGGACGGCGUAGCUGAUAGUGAACGGCCGCAAGUAGAAACGCGAUGCCCGGGGAAACUGUGGAGACCAUUGGUGAGUUGCACUUGCUGGUUGAGAGGUCCGCGGCGAAUGUGAUGCAUGACGACAAAGUGGAGGUCGUUGAGGCUGAGACGAAGAAUAUCGGCAACGACGACAACAAUGAUGAGACUGUGAAGGAGGUUGAUGAUCAUGAUGAUGAUGACGAUGAUGAUGGGGAGAUGAUGGACGAGGAGAGACAAUUGGCUCCGUCGGGACUGAGUAAAAAGCGGUUUAGUAUCGAGCAAGACUUUCUGGAAAAGACGGCAAACACUCUACGAUGGCAUCUGGUCUUCAGCGUCUUUCUGACGUGGUUCGUGGGGCUGGUGGUGGUGUGCGUUUCAUCGGUCGCAAUGUAUCACAGCAAAGCGGUAUGGGACUUUUGGGGAGAACAGAAUCUCGACGAAAUCAACAGCUUCUUGGCCAUGGUGCAGAACGUCUCGAACUUGGAGCAACUCAGCGAAGUCCUCUUCAAGCAACAAAUUUUCGGAACAAUCUUCGUCACGUUCGGCGGAUUCAACGCGCAGCUCACCUGCGCCAUAACCAUCUUUGUUUACGGCGCAUACCUCGUCCGCAACCCACAGGACAUAUACGUGUGGUUCCUCUACGGCGUCAACAAUAUGAUCUACAUGCUGUUCUACGGCAUCUUCUUCGACCGUUGCAUGAGAGCCCCAAUCACCGAUCCGCUAGAACGGUGCAACGCUCGCAUCCUGCAACGCAUCGACACCUUCGAGCUGUCAACGCUGUGCAAGUGGUUGCAGACGAUGACCGUCAUCCUCGCCGUCUUCAACGCAAUCGUGGUCAAGUACUGCAAGAUGGUCCACGUGAAGGCGCACAAGCUCGUCAAGGAGGAGAAGAUGUACUACGAUUACGUCGACGUCUCCGAGGAGGACCUCGUUGGCGAUCCCAAACCCGUUGGUUUGUCGCUCCUGCCGCAGAAGGAAGAUGACGAUCCACCAGUUAUCGUUCACUAAACCAACGAAGACCUAACUAAUACCGAAUUAUUUACCUUUUUCUCCCCCAUGACUAUUCAUAAGUCAAUCUCCUUCUCAAAACUAUAUAUUUAAAUAACACUCAUU